CGCCCCAGGACUGCCCCGCUGCCCCGGUCCAGGCCGCUGGGAGCGGAGGAGGGGUCGCCGGGACGCGGGCGGCCCCAGUGCCCUCCCCAGACGGAGGCGCCUGCUCUCCAUGCCCUGGCUGGGGUCCCGCCCGGGGCCACCUCCGAAGCCUGAGCCGGGGCGGUUUCUCUGGAAAUGGACGUGCCCAGGGCGCCCUCUGGUGGCUCCCGGAGCUGAGCCUCGGUGAGUCCCGGUGGCGAUGGCGGCCUCGGUCCUCGCGCCGCGCCCCAGGCCCUCCCCCGGGAACGAGACCCUGCACCAGCACUACAACUACGUGGGCAAGCUGGAGGGCAGGCUGAAGGAGGCCCCCGAGGGCAGCACGCUGACCACCGUGCUGUUCCUGGUCAUUUGCAGCUUCAUCGUGCUGGAGAACCUCAUGGUUUUGAUCGCCAUCUGGAGAAACAAUAAGUUCCACAACCGCAUGUACUUCUUCAUCGGCAACCUGGCCCUCUGUGACCUGCUGGCCGGCAUCGCCUACAAGGUCAACAUCCUGAUGUCGGGCAAGCGGACGCUGAGCCUGUCCCCGACGGUCUGGUUCCUGCGGGAAGGAAGCAUGUUUGUGGCCCUCGGGGCGUCCACCUGCAGCUUGCUGGCCAUCGCCAUCGAGCGGCACCUGACGAUGAUCAAGAUGCGGCCGUACGACGCCAACAAGAAGCACCGCGUGUUUCUUCUGAUCGGGAUGUGCUGGCUCAUCGCGCUCUCGCUGGGCGCCUUGCCCAUCCUGGGCUGGAACUGUGUGCACGACCUCCCCGACUGUUCCACCAUCCUGCCCCUCUACUCCAAGAAGUACAUCGCAUUCUGUAUCAGCAUCUUCACGGCCAUCCUGGUGACCAUCGUCAUCCUGUACGCCCGCAUCUACUUCCUGGUGAAGUCCAGCAGCCGCAGGGUGGCCAGCCCCCACAACUCGGAGCGCUCCAUGGCCCUGCUGCGGACCGUGGUCAUCGUGGUGAGCGUGUUCAUCGCCUGCUGGUCCCCACUCUUCAUCCUCUUCCUCGUCGACGUGGCCUGCAGGGUGAAGGAGUGCGCCGUCCUGUUCAAGGCCCAGUGGUUCAUCAUGCUGGCCGUGCUCAACUCCGCCAUGAACCCCGUCAUCUACACGCUGGCCAGCAAGGAGAUGCGGCGGGCUUUCUUCCGGCUGGUCUGCACCUGCCUGGUCCGGGGCCGUGGCGCCCACUCCUCGCCCACCCAGCCUGCCCUCGAUCCCAGCAGAAGCAAGUCCAGCGGCAGCAACAACAGCAGCCCCUCGCCAAAGAGCAAGGAAGACCCUCCCCAGAGAGUCGCCUCACCCUGCAUCACCGACGGAAACAAAACCCUGCAGAACGGGAUUCUCUGCAAGUGAGAGCGCCUGCCUCCAGGAGCAGGGGAGGGGAGCCCCGCUCUGUGGCCGCGGCCAUAUCUGUUGCACGCCUCGCCCCUGGGAGUUCCAGAGAGGGGACUCGGGAAGUCCACUCGCCAGUGGCUUGCCCGGCGUGGACGUCCCGUGAGGAGGGGGACCCAAGGACCCGCCAGCGUGUGUCACGGCAGACCGUGCGCUCUGUCCGUCUUGGCUCGUCUUCUGAAUGCACCACGCUGCGACAGUAUCUGCCACCUUCCCCUGAGCUCCCCUGGCUGCUCCCCGCGGGGCCUGGACAGGGAAGGUUGUGGGCCCCACAACGUGCAGGGUGUUUCUCAGAACGUCAUGAUGAUGUUUGGUAACUUCACUCUACACUGUGAGCAGAGUGGAUGCCUGUGUGCUCGUCAUUUCUGUGUCACGGAGCACUUGUGUCUCUUACGUCUUCAGAUGUGUGGGUCUGAAGGAUCCUGGGAGAUUGGGCGAUCUGGUGAUCUCUGGGAGCCGUGUCCCUGUUCCUCUGGGGCUCCUGUGUCCCUGCACAUCCAAACCCACGUUAACCAAAUUCCCUGAUUGUUUGGGGUUCCUACAGAUCACAGAAGAGCCAGGGGCUUCCAGGAGCCCAUCCCCAGACCAACCGAGAAAGGGACCCACGAAGGAGCAGCAGAGGACAGAUGCCCCCCCCCCCCCCCCCCCCGGCCUGAAGCCGGAAACAGUGGUCUGUUUCAUGCAAUGGAACAUUUGUACUGAAUUAGGAGAGGUUUACAGGGCUGUGUUGAGUCUCUUUCUCUCUGAUCAGAAAAGCUCGGAGGCGGCAGCCCCGUGUUGUCUCAGUGGCGUAGCUGGGGAGGUCGGCGGUCUCCACCCUCCCCAAAGCUGACCCUGACAGUGACAGCCAGGAGCGUGUCCGCGUGUGCUCUCCAGGGAAACGUAAGGAUACUGUAAUCUGCCUUUGCAGCCUGGGCUGACCCUGCGUCCCUGAUCGCCGUGUAAAGGGAUUACUUAGGAGGUGUUUCCGUGCACGCCCUCCCCAAGGACCCCACCCGCAGGACAAACGUGUGUGCAUCUGUAGAGAUCUCAUAACCAUAGAGCUGAUGGCUUCUUGGUAAAAACAAAACGAGCAACCUUUAAAAGGACCCUUACUCGGGCGAGCCCACAUCGCAGCCCCUGGGGUUUCUCAGGUUGGCUGGGAAUUUCUGGCCGAGUCAAGACUCAGUCUCAACACGUUAACGAUUUGCAAGAGAAGCUGGCUCCCUUGUGUCAUCUGAUGCACAUUCCCCACACCGAGGAACGUUCCGGUGGGUCCUGGGUGGUUUCCAUGAACUGACCAAAGACUAUCCUCGUUUUUGUUGCCGAGGAGAGAAAUUGUACUUGUAAGAAGAUGUCUUCGGUGGCGUUUUUGGUGGCUUCUUUACGUCACUGAAAAGGGGCUUCUUUCUGAACUCAGAUAGCAUUUCUGGAAAAGUGAAGCAUUGAGGUACUGGGUUGAGAACACAAAGCCGCAUUCCAGAGAGCUGGAGUGUUGGGCAUCGGUGCUCGCCGGGUGAUGACGUGACUUCAGGACCCGGUGCCCUGGCUCUGAGGGGCGUUGUGAGGGGGGGGGUCUCCUCUCUGGUGCUAAUGUUAGUGACACUCGCUCUACAGUCCCGUCGAGAGAACACGGAACUUUCAAGCAGUCUGAAUGAAAAAUAUGCCAAAAAAGGAACGGUGUUUGCUUGCUGUAUGCAGAACGUGAUCGGCCAUCAAGACCAGUGUGCACGGCCCUUGGCAGCUUGCAGGGCGCGUUUAGGAGUUGAGAUGACAGAGCUUGCGCUAGAUCUCACUCGGUUAGUAACCUUCACGGUGUCCCAUGUGUUUGUUAAAAAAAAAAACAAAAACCAAAAGCCUGCAUAUAAACUGGUCAUCGGGGCGCCUGGGUGGCUCAGUUGGUUCAGCGUCCGACUUCGGCUCGGGUCAUGAUCUCACAGUUCAUGGGUUCAAGACCGGCAUCAGGCUCUGUGCUGACAGUGCACAGAGAUUCUCUCUCUCCCAUUCUCUUUGCCUCACCCCUCCCUGGCUCUCUCUCUCUCUCUCUCAAAAUAAAUAUAUAAACUUAAAAAAAAAAUAAAAAAUGAAAAAACAAACCUGUGGCUGGGGGUCAGCGUGGGGGCCUGUGUGCAGGGUGGCCACCUGGUUUCCCACCUGGGGCCACUGUCCCUCCAGGACGGAAACGGCUCUAGGAGCCCGUGCCCUCCCCCGCCCAGUCCCCCCUGGGCAGCUGCCCUGGGUCAGGGUUUGGAGGCGGGUCAACCCUUAACCCUUCCACGGGGAGAAAAUCACAGGUCCCGGCAGAGCGUGGCCGACAGACGGGCGUCUGGUUCUGCUCUGUUUGCAGCAGGAGAGAGUAGGUCAGAACCCGUCCUUCGUCCCGCGUCACU